AGGAAGUUCGUGUUCUGACCUUGGACCAUUCGGAUCUGUGCCCGGAAUUAAACCAGCUGUGAAGUACUAGGUGUCGUGCCCGGCGAUUUUGCCGGCCAUGCCCGCUGAGUGAGCGAGCCGGCAAACUGUCCAAAUUGUCUGGGUAGCCUAGCAUCGGCCACACAUGCCUGCAUCCACACAACACUAAAAAAAAUGCAAGAUGACAUGGAUGAGGCAUGUUCUUGCCUGUUCUCAUUUGGCGUGAUUUCAGACAUCCAGUAUGCUGAUUUAGAUAACCGACUCAACAGCGUUGGGACACACACCCGAUACUACCGCAAUGCUUUAGCUCUACUGAAGGAAGCUGUGGACUGCUGGACAGGUGACAUCUUUGUCCUGCGACCAGAUUUUGUCAUGCAGUUGGGGGACAUCAUUGAUGGCUUCAACAACAAGGGAGGCAAGGCACAAUCACUGCUCAGCCUGGCAGCGGUUUUGGGCCAGUUCAACAGGCUGCCUUGCUUCGUCCACCAUGUACUUGGCAACCAUGAGUUCUACAAUUUCACACGGGCUGAGCUCAUGAACAGUAGGCUGUUCUCAGGGGCUGAUUUUGAAAUGGCUCCAAGGGAUCCCAAAUGCCAUUGUUUUGACAUCAUCUGCAAUGUGGAAGGGACGUCUGCAUAUUACCACUUCAGCCCGGCUCCUGGAUUUCGAUUUGUCGUCCUGGACACAUUCAGUGAAAGCAUCAUUGGGCAUGAUGACAUGUGUCCCAUCAGCCAAGAGUCACUGCGCCUUGUGUGUUCUAUCAACAAAAAUGAGGAUCUUGAUUCCUCUGCUGGGCUGAAGAUCUCAGAGAAGCGAUAUCUGUCUUUCAAUGGUGCCCUUGGGGAGAAGCAGCUGGAGUGGUUGGAAGGUGUACUGCAGGAAGCAUGCUUUGCCAAGGAAAAGAUUGUUUUAUUUGGACACGUUCCAAUUUAUCCAAUUAAUGGUGACCAUGCAGAUCUGUUGUGGGACUACCAAGAGGCUCUAAAGAUCUUGUGUUCCUACAGAUGUGUAGUUGCUGCAUUUGCGGGCCACACCCAUCACUUCUCGCAUUGUGUGGACAAGACAUCAGGGAUCCAUUUUGUGAACUUGCCUGGCAUUGUUGAGGUCCCUCCAGGCAGCAAUGGCUUUGGAACUGUUCAGGUGUUUUCAGAUAGAUUGUUACUCUAUGGAGUCGGGCAAACGGGAAACCUUGAGAUGAUGUUUCCUGGAUCAGUCCCUGCAGACUAAGUCCAGCAAUCACUAGUAAGAGCCAUUAUCGAGGUAGUGCAUCUCUCACACUCAAGUCAGGUGUGCUCUGAGGAUAUGAGGUGCAAGUAUUGUUUUUCAAUACCCACCUGUUAAAAGUGCAAUUAGAGUCUCCUUUGCAAUUGGCAUGUGAAAGGGAGACUGUCUUAGCAGUGGUUUAUUUUUUGAAGCCAAGGAAUUCGUCCACUCUAUACAUUGUUCAUGUAGCUAAUUUCUUCUUAGAAGUGUGUUCUCGGUGAACUGAAUGUUUUGAUACUUAAAAUCCAUUCACUGACUCACCUAAUCCCCCCUUGCUUGUGGUGAUGAAGAUUCCAUGCAAAUUCAUGAUCAUGCUGGUAUACUUCAUCAUACUUCAUGGUGCAUAUAAUAUAUGUAUACUUAACCAUAUACUGAGUAGUGUAGAUAAUAAAUAUGAAAAAAUUUUUAAUCAAGAAACACUUGCGAUAUCAAAGUGUUGCUGAGUACUUUUUAUGCAGUACAUGUACUGCCAAAUGUUGAGCAGGUUUGGUGGAAGCAUUCAAACGAUGGAUGGCAAUGCUUCUUUAAUUGCAUUACAUUGCAAAAUUUUUCUUGCUUUGCCAACUGUGAACUACCUCAAUAUUUUGGCAGAAUGUUAACUUACUGUGUACUUCUAAAUUAUUUAUCAUAUUUAUUGCUUCAUAUUUACCGAUACCCAGUACUGGGAUAUUUAUGUGAACUAAAUGAUGUAUAUUGUCGGUGUUUCCAUGAAGUGACAAAAACCUCAAAAUCUUGCCGAAUGGACAUUCCAAGAUACAUAAACGCGUUUGAAAAAUUAUUGAUUUUCUGGCUUUUUAUCACUUCCUUAAAACACUAUAUGCAUUUAUCUUGUAUUUGUUUUUCUAGAACUGGCGUUCUGAUGGCUAAAAUGAAUUUUUAAAAAUCCAUUUUAGUACACUUUGUAAUAUCUCAUUAAUUUCAUUGGAAUGUGUUAGCUUUGAAACAAGCCCCAUGUUAGAAAGUUGAGUUUUGGAUGUGAACAGGUUGUGUAAAAUGUUUUAUUCAGAGUGAAAGUUGCAAAGCAGCAGAUGUGUUGUUUUUGGUGCAUUGUUGGAAAUAUUGCUAACGCACAACAGUUCCUUUUAAUAAAAUAAUAAUUUCAAAAUUUUUUACUUGAUAUUUUUUAAUUCAAGGGGAGUCAGGUUGAUGCAGGUGUUCUGUCCUCACCUUCCACCUCUUCAGCCCUGGUUGCAAUUCCAGCCAGAGCAAUUUGUUGAUUUGGUUCUCUGUCCCCGACUGAUCUUGUUAGUUUUCCCAGAGAAAGUUAUCUUGUGUUUUCUUUCCGUUUCAAGAAAUGGAGCAUUUUUCAUUGUUUUAUUCUCUAAGGCCUCUAGGCCUUUUAUGAGGACAACAGUUUAUAACUGAUAGGGCUUUACCCAGGUAAAACAAAUAAUAAACAAAUGACUGUACCAUUCACUGUUACUUCUUUUACAUGUAUUACAUACUUUGCAAUAAUUUAUGUAGAGUACUUAAGUGUGAUGCCAUUUUGAACCAGGAAGUGUAGUGAAAAUGAAUGGGAUAUGCUCA